CUGCAUGGCGGCGCCGUGAGGCAGCGAGACCCGGCGAGCCCCGGCGGCUGCGGCCCGGCGGGCGGGCGGGUGGCGAUGCGGCGGCCGGCGGGCUGAGCGGCCGGGCGGGGAUGAGCGCUGCGCCGCGCAGCCAUGUCGCGGGUGAGCGGCUCUGGGCCGGCCGGCAGCGCCAAGGAGAAGCGCUCCUUCAGCAAGCGGCUCUUCCGCGGACGGGCGGCGGGCGGUGGCGCGGGCUCGGCCCCGGCGCCCACCACCGCCUCCCCGACCCCGUCGGGGCGGUCGCUCGGCGGGUUCAUGAGCCGCGUGCUGAAGACCCUCUCCACCCUCUCGCACUACAGCAGCGAGCCCGAGCCCCGCGGCCCGCACGCCCCGCGCCUGCCCCCGCCGCAGGCGGCCGGCGGCCUGGGCAGCUGCUUCCCGCCGGGCCCGCCGCGCAGCCCCGAGCCCCCGCCGCGGCCCGCCGGCUGCACGGAGGCCGUGCCUGGCGUGGCGGGGCUGCGCAACCACGGCAACACCUGCUUCAUGAACGCCAUCCUGCAGUGCCUCAGCAACACCGAGCUCUUCGCCGAGUUCCUGGCGCUGGAGCAGUUCCGCGGCGGGCAGCCCCCCGCCGCCCCGAGCCCCGCCGCCGACGGCCCGCCGCCCGCGCCCGGCGAGGUCACCGAGCAGCUGGCGCAGCUGGUGCGGGCGCUCUGGACGCUGGAGUACACCCCGCAGCACAGCCGCGACUUCAAGAACAUCGUGUCCAAGAACGCCAUGCAGUACCGUGGGAACGCCCAGCACGACGCCCAGGAGUUCCUGCUGUGGCUCCUGGACAGGGUGCACGAAGACCUCAACAAUGUGGUGAACUACAGCAGCAUGCCUCCACUCAAGCCACCACUGGAGGAUGAUGUCCUGCUGGAGGGACCAGCCUUUCCAAUCAGCAGCACUUUUGUGCAGGAGCUCUUUCAAGCCCAGUACAGGUCCUCUCUGACCUGCCCUCAUUGCCAGAAGCAGAGCAACACCUUCGACCCUUUCCUGUGCAUCUCUCUGCCGAUCCCGCUGCCUCACACCCGGCCCCUCUACGUGACAGUGGUGUACCAGGGGAAGUGCUCUCACUGCAUGCGCAUCGGCGUGGCCGUGCCCAUCUCGGGCACGGUGGCCAGGCUGCGGGAGGCUGUCUCCUCCGAGACCAAGAUACCCACGGAGCAGAUCGUGCUGACAGAGAUGUACUACGAUGGGUUCCAUCGCUCCUUCUGUGACUCUGAUGACCUGGACACCAUCCACGAGAGUGACUGCAUCUUUGCCUUUGAGACCCCCGAGAUCUUCCGGCCCGAGGGCAUCCUCAGCCAGAGAGGAAUACAUGUGAACAAUAACCUGAAUAACUUGAAAUGUGGCACUGAGCACUCCCGAGCAGCAGCUUACUCUCAAGGAACAGGGAAGUCUGGAAAACUGGAACAGUCCUCCACUAAAGCGGCAGCAAGUGACAAGAUCGUGCUGCUGGUGUGUAACAGAGCGUGCACUGGACAGCAGAGCAAAAGGUUUGGCCUGCCUUUUGUGUUGCAUCUGGAAAGAACAAUUGCUUGGGAUAUCCUGCAGAAGGAGAUUCUGGAGAAGAUGCAGUAUUUCCUGCGGCCUGCAGCCUGCCUGCAGGUUUGCCCAUUCAGCCUGCGAGUGGUCAGCGUGGUGGGCAUCACCUACUUGCUACCUCAGGAGGAGAGGCCUCUCUGCCACCCAACAGUGGAAAGGGCACUGAAGUCAUGUGGCCAGGGGGGAACUGCUCAUGUGAAAUUAGUGGUGGAAUGGGACAAAGAGACUAAAGAUUACUUGUUUGUGAACACAGAGGAGGAGUACAUCCCCGACUCCGAGAGCGUCCGCCAGCAGAGAGAGCUUCACCACCAGCCUCAGACCUGCACUUUAUCCCAGUGUUUCCAACUGUACACCAAAGAGGAGCAGCUUGCACCAGAUGAUGCGUGGCGAUGCCCACACUGCAAGCAGCUGCAGCAGGGUAGCAUCACACUGAGCCUCUGGACCUUGCCUGAUGUUCUCAUCAUACAUCUCAAAAGGUUUAGACAGGAAGGAGACAGAAGGAUGAAGCUUCAGAACAUGGUUAAAUUCCCCCUGAGUGGCUUGGACAUGACUCCUCACGUUGUUAAGCGCAGCCAGAGCAGCUGGAGCCUGCCAUCUCACUGGUCACCCUGGAGGAGACCUUAUGGUCUUGGAAGGGAUCCUGAAGACUACAUCUAUGACCUGUAUGCUGUCUGCAAUCAUCAUGGCACCAUGCAAGGGGGACACUAUACAGCAUAUUGCAAGAACUCAGUUGAUGGCCAGUGGUACUGCUUUGAUGACAGUGAAGUUCAGCAGCUGUCUGAAAAUGAAGUCUGCAAGCAGACAGCUUACAUCCUCUUCUACCAGAGACGCACAGCCAUCCCCUCGUGGUCAGCCAACAGCUCUGUGGCAGGCUCCACCAGCUCCUCGCUGUGUGAGCACUGGGUCAGCCGCCUGCCCGGCAGCAAGCAGCCCAGCAUCGCUUCGGCGGCCUCGUCGCGGCGCACGUCCCUGGCUUCGCUCUCCGAGUCGGUGGAGCUGGCUGGGGAAAGGAGUGAAGAUGAUGGAGGCUUCUCAACUCGGCCCUUUGUCAGAAGCGUCCAGCGCCAGAGCUUGUCCUCCAGAUCCUCUGUCACCAGCCCGCUGGCCGUCAGCGAGAACGGCGUCCGGCCCUCCUGGUCCCUCUCCGCGAAGCUGCAGCUGCGCUCCAACUCCCCAUCGCGCUUCUCUGGAGACUCCCCCGUCCACACCUCUGCCUCCACCCUGGAGAAGAUCGGGGAGGCUGCGGAUGACAAAGUCUCCAUCUCCUGCUUUGGCAGCCUGAGGAACCUCUCCAGCAGCUACUUGGAGCCCUGCGAGGGCGGCCGGCGAGAGCAGAGGACGGCUCGCAGAGCUCCUCUGGCUGUCAUGGAAGGGGCGUUCAGGGAGGAGUCUGUGGUGAGGACAUCUAGCUCAGACCUCUCGGAUGGCUGCAGCAAAAGCUCUGCGCAGCCAGACAGGAGUCACCCUGCUCUGGACCCUUUUGACAACAACAAUCAGAUCGCCUUUGUUGAUCAGAGUGACUCUGUUGAUAGCUCUCCAGUCAAAGAGGUGAAAGGCCCCAGUGGGGCAGGGCUGGCUGCAGAGAAGGCAGAUAGCACCCCUAGGAAGGGUCACAGUUCCAAGGGGGUUUCUGAGCCAGACAAAAGCUUAAGGAAGGGAAGGACAGUCUUACCCAGCCAAGAGACCAGAGGGUCUCGCUCCUCUCCUCCACUAAAGACUUCCCAGAAAGUUUCCCGCUCUAGAAGCAAGACGGACUCGUCUAGGGCCAGUGGGAGACACGGGUCACCUGCUCCUGCUCAGGCUAGGAGGGACCAUGGCACGAAGCCCCUGGAGGUGGCUGCCCCAUCGGUUCAGCAGAAGCAAAAGUCAAGUUCUUCUCCAUCUUCCACAGCUGCCAAGAAAACCCCAUCAGGCUCAUUGACUAAAGGCUCUUCUGCUGGGAGGAGCCGGACUUCGGAGCGAAGCCUCAGCAGGGAGGGCUCCAAGGUAAGCCUGGGGUCGGAUAAAACGAGCGUGACCAGCAGCUCCAGAACGAGCUCCCCACGGAUCAGCCACUCCAGGAGCGACAGCAGGGCGGUGGACGGCAGGCACGUGCGGAGCUCCUCCAUGGCCAGCCUGCGGUCCCCCAGCGCUGCUCCGCGCUCGGGGCUGAAGAGGGACAGCAAGUCAGAGGAGAAGGGCUUGUCCUUCUUUAAGUCAGCCUUGAGGCAGAAGGAGACCCGCAGGUCAGCAGACCUGGGGAAGACAACCAUGCUCACCAAAAAGUCAGGCGGUGGCGGUUCCAAAGCGGGCAGCAAAGCCACGCUGGAAGACAAAGCGGAGAAAGGCAGCGUGCAGGCAGCCCCUCAGAGCAACGCCAACGUCGCCACGAAAGCCAAACCAGCCCCCAAAGAGGCCACCCCCAGCAAACACUCUCUGCUCGCCAGUCGCAAGUCCAAGUCUUCCCAGCUAGAUCCCGGAGUCCAGUCUCCUCCUGCCGGCGGCAAACAGUCUGCUGAGAAGCCGCUGAAGAAGUUCCCUUCCAGCAUGCAGGUGUCUGUACGGCCUUCUCUGGAACCUCAGUGAAACGCUGCAGCCCAGGUGUCUCUUCUGCUGAGCAGCCGAUGUCCUCUGAGCUCUUGUGUGUGUGUUCCGUGCCUAGCGCCUGCCGCGAGGAGAGCUCGGCUGCGAGCCGUCAAAGCGCCUUUGCUGCCUGCAACCCCGGCGGCCGCGGGCAGCCCGGCUGGAGGUGUGGCUGCAGCUGCCCCACAGCUCCUCUCCGCAGCAAAUGCGACGGCUGCCCUCGGAGCCAAGCUUGGAAACCCGAGCCCCGGCGCUCCUGAGGCCGGUGUGCUUUGUGGAGCCGGGAAACCCGUGUUCCCCUGGUCUUGUGCUGGGCGGGCCCUGUCCACGCUGCUGUAUGGCCUGGUUCUGAGCGGUGGAACCUGGAGAGACUGCUGCUUCUUUAUGCUCCCUCUCAAGGCCCUCUCCCUGCUCCCCUCCAUCCUUCAGCUUUCUAAAGGGCAAUAUUUCAACACUAAUGUUGUUUCUCAGGUAUAUACUUAGCCGGUAUAGGAGGGACUAGCAUUAGUGGAUGGACAGAAAGGUACCUGUGUGUCUGUGUGUCCUUGUGUCUGUGUCAUGGAGCUCAUCUUGCAUUCCCACAGCAGAAAGAGGGUUUCUUUUUCCCAUGAAGUGUAACCUGCAUUUUUUGUUGCAAUGUCUACAAAGCGUUUUGCUCUGUCCAUACCUAAGGCAACCUCCACCCUGUCCUCUCAGCUUGCUUUCUCUCUCUGCAUCGCAAGACUAAGUGACAGAAGUCACGCAGCAGCAGCUGGGUGCCAGCUCCUCCUUAUGCUAGGCAGGAGCUGGUGGCAGUGCUGCAGGAGAGCUGUCUUCAUGCACCCAAAUGCAGCCAUGCUGUUAGGACCCUCUUCAAGCUCCUGAGCAGAAGCAUUUCCUAACGUGCCCAGAUGCUUCACCCAGUGGUGUGAGUGCAGCAUCAGUUCCUUGUAGGAGCAGCCUUGAGAUGAGCCAAGCGUCAUCUUCUCUGCCUUCUAUGAGCAUGCUUUGAGCAGGCCUCUUGGUGUGGGUUGGAGGGGCUGUAGCAAACCCCUGGGGAGCAGUUUCACCUUCUCCAGAGCUCUGUGACUUCCCCUGCACUUGUCACCUUUCCCAGGAGGCCUGGCUGCCGUGCGAGCCCAUCCCUGCUCCUUUGGAUGAGUCUCUAUCAGGGUUCAAACACUACAUCUGGUGAUGUCUUUGUUUACAUGCCCUCUUACAGGGGAGUUCCUCAAGUCCUCUGAGUGCUCUCAAAAGGUGGAUUCCUCAAGUCCUUUUAUAUAAACGUGGUGUAAGUUCUUGUUAGUUUGGUCAAUGUGCUGCACUUCCUUGCUGUACAGCAGCAGUCUGUCCUGGAGGCUGUGGCAGGCAGCAGCUGGGCAGUGUGCUGGGCACGCUUCUCUUCUGAGCAAGAUCUUUGCCUGUUAUAGCCUUGUGUGGCAAAGCUUCUCCAGGCUUGGCUUGUGGACAGAUGUUUGUACAUCUUCUGUCAACGUAACAAACAGCCCUCAAACAUGUAGUGACUCCCAGCUGCUCUGCUCCACCUCCUGUCUGGAGCUGAUGUGCUGGUGCCCUGGAGGAAGCCUUGUCCCCCAGCUCUGCUGGGCACGUCCCUGCUCUGUGAUUGGUUUCCAUAGCUCAGCUCCAAAGCGACAGGCUCUGGAGAGAGGUGUUCUGGGGGGUAGCUGACACCUGGGAGGAAAGGCAGCAGGUGUGUGGAGCUGAGCUGGGGGUGCCCCAGAGCUCUAGGCAGCGGCAUGGUGGUG